CCGUGCAUCUGCCACUGCCAGUCUCCGGGCGAGCGGUGCUCAUCACAUGACGAAGGGUUGGCUGCUGCCCGGCGCUGGCCUAUGACAAGCAAAGAAGCAUCGACCAAUCAGAGCUGGUUUCUGUCGCACAGCUGCGGGGAUUGGGUUAGCGCGGGGGCGCGCAGCACGGACUCUGGGUUACUGCACGCUGGGAGCGCGCAUCGGAUCGGAGUCUGUGCUGGUCAGGGGCUGGAGCUGGACAGCGGCAGCUGCACCCAGUCAUUGUUGUCAGGCACCGAGUCAUUCACAGCAAGGAGGGAUCUUGGUCAGCAUAAUGGUGUGAAACAAAUUGGCUUGGAAGAAGCACUGCAGAGUACUGACAUUCAUGCUGCUCUCAUCUGCACAGAUAAUCAAAACCACGAGGAAAGUAUCCGGCGUUUCCUUGAGGCUGGUAAACAUGUUCUUGUGGAGUACCCUCUGGCACUGUCUGAACAGGCAGCUCAUGAAUUGUGGCAGUUGGCUGAGCUAACAGGUAAAGUCUUACAUGUGGAACACAUUGAGCUUCUCACAGAGGAAUACAAGCAGCUGAAAAAAGAAGUAGAUGGGAAGAAGCUGGUGGAAGGAGUCCUCCAUUUUACUGGUGGCCCUCUGGAUACACAGCGAUCAGGGUUCCCUUCUUUCAGUGGGAUCGCCCGGGUCAGUUGGCUGGUUCACCUGUUUGGAGAUUUGACUGUUACUUCUGCCACUGCAGAGGAGAAUAAGCAAGAACAAUAUUCCAAGGUCACUGCACACUUCACCACUGCAGAUAACAGGCCACUAACUUGGAUUGAAGAAAGGGCUCCAGGUCUGAAGCGUAGCAAAAAAGUAAAGUUUACAUUUACAUCUGGAGUCCUAGAUGUUUUACCUGCAGCCCCUAGUGCAUCUGUGGGGCCCUUUAUGCAGGAUCAGAACCUCUUCGCACGUAAGCUCCUGGGACAGGUAUCCAAGGAGGAUCUGGCGGCAGAGAAGAAACGCAUCCUGCACUGCAUCCACCUGGCUGAGAUGAUAAAGCAGUUCUGUCAGCACUGAGGCUGUAGCUGCGUUACCACACCAUUGAUAAUACUGCUGAAUGAGAUUGUACAUCUAGGGGUUUUCUUAUAUUGAUUCUUAUGGUUUAAGCUUUCUGCAGAGCAGGGGGCUACUAAAGUGUGUGACAAGGCUGAAUUAUUGCUUUGUUUGGGAAAUUUACAUUUUAUUAGUAAUUAUAGUAAUAUACUAACCCUGUUUACAUUUCUGAGCACUAAUAGUAUUUAUUUAUAGUGCCUUGUUGCCAAAAAAAUAACAAUCUAACCUUUUAUCAUUAGAAAGAGAGAGAGAAAUAUAUCUGCACUCCUGUGAUGUAAUUAAUUUUUUAUUAAAUGUAAUGUCUAAUCAACCAUCUCAGACAUUAAAACAAUAUGCCUGGUGUUAGAGCCACUGCUGAUGGAUUUAGCUUUUCUCCCUACUGCAGCGGUUCCUAAAGUUCUUUGAAUCACGCGCCCUAGAGUAUCGACAUUUUUUGCAGGACACCCAGAGGCCAAAUGUUUUUUAUUGAGAAUCUAAGCAAAAAUGAAAUUUUAAAUAAUUUUGUGCUUACCUGCCACCUUAGGUUCAGUUAUGUGGUGGUAGACAGGGUUGCACUUCUGUUUGUCCACAUAUGUUAUGGUUGGCAGCCACCCACUCUGAUUUUGCCUACUGCAUUGAUUUUGCCUAUUACAUUUGAUAUUGGGCCACCAACCUGUGGUGCCCCUGCAAGUGCCCUGCGGAACUCCAGGGUGCCAUGGCACCUAGUUUGGGAACCACUAGUGUACAUUAUAUACUUAUUUAUCAGAUCUUCAAAGUCUUUUGCAAAUAACAAAAAGUUAUCUAGAACAGUGUAUAAAAUUAGAGGGCCAGUAAGAAGAGUGAGUAUGAAUUAUGACGGAGCCCGUUAAUGUUAUAAACAACUACAGUAUGUUUUAUGCCUUAUGCCAUAAUAAUGCAACCUAUGUCUCUUCAACUGUUAUGGUUGUACAGGGGCAUGCAGGGACUAGUACCACAGCAGAUGGAGAGCACUAGGUUGCCUUAAUGGAAUCUCUGCUUGCUUUUGACAUUAUUUUGUGGUCUAAGCCACAGGUUCUCAAACUCAUUCCUCAGGACCCCACAUGGUUCAUGUUUUGCAGGUCACCUGUACAUUUUUAAAAUGUGACCGUUGGAGAUGCACAGUGCACCUGCUGGGUGACAUGUAAAACGUGAACCGUGUGGGGUCCUGAGGACCGAGUUUGAGAACCACUGGUCUAAGCUUACACUCCUAAAGAUGCAGAUUAUCAAUUACUUACAAACCAGUGCCUCAUAAAUAUGUCAGACCUAAAGAAUAAUUAUCCAGGCUACACAUGUAGCCACGCUCAUCUAGCCUGCAGUUUUCCGGGUGUUCGCAGCAUGCCAGAUGCAGCAAGUGUGUGCGCGACUAGGACGCAAGCGUGCGUCUAAGUGCAUGCGCCCAUAGGAAUACAUGGGUGCCGUGCUAAGGCGUGGUGCGUGUGCCCCUGAAGCCGUGACGUUGGGUGGAUGCGCAUGGCUCCAUCCAUAUGGCUCAUUAAUAAAGCUGGCUAUGACAAAUUGACAAGACUGCAUCUUUAUAUGCCUCCAGCUGUAGGUGGCAUGCCCACUUUCUAACUACAACUGAUCUUGAGUAAUUAGCAUUCCAGGUGUAAGAAGCUGGGAUACUUUUGUGAUAAAGAAAUAUAUCCAUGGACAAAUGCAUUAAAUAGUCAAUAGCCGGGGACAAAUGCAGUAAAUAGCCAAUAUCCGCGGACAAAUGCAGUAAAUAGCCAAUAUCCGCGGACAAAUGCAGUAAAUAGCCAAUAUCCGCGGACAAAUGCAGUAGAUAGCCAAUAUCCGGGGACAAAUGCAGUAGAUAGCCAAUAUCCGGGGACAAAUGCAGUAGAUAUCCAAUAUCCGGGGACAAAUGCAGUAAAUAGCCAAUAUCUGGGGACAAAUGCAGUAAAUAGCCAUUAUCUGGGUACAAAUGCAGUAAAUAGCCAAUAUCUGGGUACAAAUGCAGUAAAUAACCAAACAGUACCUGUAAAGUAAGUGACAUACUAGGAACAGCAUUUCAGUUUUACCAAUUGUCUUUCUCAUAUUUUUAUGCCUUAGAAAUUCCCAAACUGAUUCAACUAUCACCAUAGCUACUAGAUACUCAAUAAAACAUGAAACAGCGCUAAAUCUUACCUCACUUUAUAAGCUAUCCUGCUAAAAUGAAAUUAUCAGCCGUAUUUUAUAUUUUACAUUUUAUUCAGCACUAUACAGAGUGCCUUAUUCAGAUUUGUACGCAAACCCGAUGGUUUACAUAUAAAUAUGUUUUGGGGUCUGCACAGGCACAAGACCUGUAUGCGCAUGUGCAAUACGGGUUUUGUGAUAUUGUUCACAGCCCAUCGUCAUCUGCAGCAUGAUUGACAUGCUGCGGCCUUUGAGGGACCCGGCACCCUUGAAAAUGGGGGCAUGUUGGGUCCAGGGUCUGUGUCGUCAGAUGCAGAGUUACUGGACCCUGGUGUCCGGAUCCAGCAGCCAGCCUGAGUAAGCUUCAGUUUACGCUGGCUGAUGGUGCCUAAAACAUUGUGAAUCGCAACUGAUGGUCGCGAUGGUGAUCUGAGGCUGCAUCCUCGGGUGCAGCACUCUGAUCUUGCAAAUGCAUUCAGGAGGCCUCUAUCUCCUACAGAUGCCUCCUGCUGCAUUUACAUUUUAAUUACACAGAAAGCUGUGCAAUUCCUUACAAACAUACCUAAGGCCCAGAGAACAUUGCAUGAUGAACCUUUGUCCUUGUGCCAUAGACAGGGGGCAGUUUGUCUGCAAGCAAUAAGAAAAGACAUGUCGGACAUGGGGCCGGAUGUAAUGCCUCCCGAGUUUGGUGGCUGUACGGGAUGCCGGCCGAAAGUGGUAAAAAACAUGGUAAAAAAGAAAAAUUCUGUUUUACUUUGAGCUUAACUAAGCGUGUACUAUUGUGAUAUUUCUAUGAAAAUUUUACUUGAAAGUGUUGUAAUUUAAGUGCAAUUGUUCUAGAGUUUGAGUUCUAGAGUUCUGGUGCUGUAACUUUUGCUAUAUGACUACACUUUUUUAACGUUGAUAUUGAAUGUUUGAGACCCUUAGUUUGAGUGUGCUAAAGUUGAUGCCACAAGAUGGCAAAACAGACGUGUGUUCUUUCUUAUCUUGGUGCCAAGUCUUACUUCAUCCACUAGUUCUGAUGCCUGUUAUUUUUGUACUGCAGUCUGUGGCUAUUUCAUUUCUGCAGCACAGUUAGUGAACUGUGUCUUUCAGCAUCUUGCGUCACCUGUACACUCCAGCUCAUGUAAAAUGGUACUUUGGCACUUCAAGCAGAGCUAUCACUGGUUUUAUGUCAGGGGUGAAGUGGCCUGGGGUUUUUUACCUUGUCAUGUUCUGACUUUAUGCUGACUUGUCGUGCGUUUACAGACAUUAAAGAAUAAUGUAAUCUUUCAAGUAUAUUAAAGGCUUUAUGAGAGUGCUUUGAGGAAAUGUGUUUCAGCAAUAUAACUAAUGGCCUAAUGAGGCGAGGAAUCCCAGCGUGCAUUCAGUGAAGUGUUUGUGGCUCAGUGAAUAAGCGUCCCAGUUGCCAUUAAUAAGCUAAAAUACUUACAAAUUGUUGGUGUGAGAAAAAGGUUAAGCACGAAGUAUGACUAGGAGCAUUGAUUUAUAUUAAAUAAGCAAAUUUCCGCUAUAUAUAAUUUACAUAUUAAUAAUUCAGACCUUUCGCUUGUUUUACACUAUUUAGCGUUGACAUAGGUUUUUCACAUUUUUUAUUUUAUUAUCAUGAAAUCACACUUUCAUUAUGAUAGAAAUUAACUAUUCCUUCGUUGAACACUCCAUUUUUCCAAGUUUUAACAUUGCUAUACUCUGUGACUUCUCAAUGGAGUUCAAAUCCGAGCAGUGCCUAGGUCACAGACGCAUGUAUGUUUCCAGUUUGUCAGUAAUGUUCUCCAGUUUUGCCACAGUAUGAUAAGGAGCAAGCUCCUGCUGGAGAAUUACAUCAUCAUAUAAUAUUUAUGGAUCAAUCCAAUUAGGAGCCAGUUUGCGAAAGCGAGUUUGUUUCAUGAAACUCGCAUGAAUGUGCGCACUAGAAAUGCCAGUUUGCAGUAGCGGUGAGGUUGCCCAAGUAUUGGAGGUUUUUAAAAGUUGUCAAAUAGAUGAUUCUCGUACUUUUAUUAAUGGUUGAAAAAUGACAGCAAGAAGUGUUUUUCAUCAAGUGAAAGUCUUUCCAGCAUCUGGGGUACAGAAAAAUGUCUUUAUAGUAAUCAUUCAGUGUUUUUAUACAACUUGAAAUAAACACUUUUAGCUCUCAUCUACAAGUUCUAAAACCUCUUCUGUCAAUACAGCUCCAGGUACCUGCUCCGCAUAAUUUAUCCCAUUCUGGAGAUUUUUAGAGAAAUUCACUUGAAAUCUGACAUGUUUUUAUUGGCCAAAUUAUGCAACUUUAACCCCUUCAAGUACAUGAUUAUUCAUUGUGAGGGGUGUAUCAGAGGUUAUGCACGGUGGCCUGACAUUUUUACCUUAAACGAAAGAUUUUCUCUACCUUUUCACCUGCUGCUCUGAGAAGUGCACACAAACAAAUAUGUGAAUUUCAUCUACAAAAUCAAUCUGAGAUGGAAUUGGAUUGCAUAUGUAAUUCGGGUGACAAUGGCUCGCAGGGCCUAACUCGCACCUAAUUGGAUUGACCAAAGGAAGAGACAAAACCACACAGGAGGCGUGGCUCGCAAUUGCGGCAUUCACACAAAGCCAUGCCCCCUUUUCAACAGGCCACAACCUUUUUUGGCGGCGUGCGGCUUUGCUGCAUGAGGGUCCCGCCUUCAGACCUCCAAAUGUUGGGAGGUAUGUUGUUACAGUAAUUCUAGAUACAUCUGUCAAGAGUUAUUCAGUGUUGUUUUGUACUGUAAGUCAUUGUUUUCUUGUUCAGCUCAUUUGUUUAUGUAGUUUGUUAGGUGCUGCGAACCCCUUGUGACUCCAUAUAAAUAAAGGAUAACAAUAAUAGCAUACAGAGCCACUAUGGACGAGAACAUGCUGAAUUGAUUUAUGAUGAUAUUGAUAUUUUGGUAAAUGCUGUUUAGAAGACACUUUUGGGGUUAGGACCAGCGUUUCUUUAUUAACCAGCUGCCUUAUUUUUCUAUCCACCCAAAUGUACUCUUUGUAAGCCCUCGUCUUCCUAAAUCUGGUGCAUGUGCAGUGAUAGCUGCUGAUUAGCUGGUUCUCAUUUACAAAUACUUUAGAGUGGAUGGUAACAGCCAGUAUCUCAGGAUGUGUAGUCAAUGCAAUAUACACUAUUUUACACUGUUGCCAUCAAAAUACAUCGAAUAGUAAAACAAUACACUAUAUAAAAGCCAUUUAUGGACGAUUGUUUUCCAUUUGCCUAUUAAUCCUUUUCAGUUCAUACAACAAAAUUUAGCCAAGAUCUCGAUUGUGUUUUAAUUGAUAAAAUGCCUUAUUUUGACUUAUUGUAUACUGUUAUUGUGUAGAUCUGUACUGUUAAUGCCUCAUAAUAUGUGUCAUAGAACACAUGUAACUCCUGCCCAGAAAUGCAGUAAAUCAAUAAAAUAUACUUUGUUCCUAG